AUGCAAACCAUAUCGAAAGGAAACAAGAACCUUAAGAAAUACAUUGAGCACAUCAACCGUUUACCAAGAGAUUUGAGGCAACAGAGAACCAGAAUCCUUCAGGAACAAGAACAACAGUUGCUGAUGGAUCCACCAAUGCAAAGGCCAAGACAAAUUGGAGCAGGAGAUGCUCCAAACACUCAUACACAAAGAGCUGGAAUAGUCCCACCUGCAGUAACAAACAAUAAUUUUGAGAUUAAAAGUGGACUGAUUACUAUGAUUCAGUCAAAACAAUUUCAUGGUCUGCCUAUGGAGGAUCCCUUAGAUCAUCUUGAUGAGUUUGAUAGGCAUUGUGGCCUCAACAAGAUUAAUGGUGUAAGUGAAGAAAGUUUCAAGCUUAGACUCUUUCCUUUCUAUCUUGGAGAUAAGGCUCAUUUGUGGGAGAAGAAUUUGCCAACAGGAGCUAUAACAACCUGGGAUGGCUGCAAAAAGGCCUUCAUGGCCAAGUUUAAAGGCUACCAAACCCAAUGUCCACAUCAUGGGUUUAGUAAUGAGUCUCUCCUUAGCACACUAUACAGAGGAGUACUACCAAAGAUUAGAAUGUUUCUGGACACUGAAUCUAAUGGCAAUUUCCUCAACAAACAUGUGGAUGAAGGAUGGGAACUGGUAGAAAACUUGGCCCAAUCAGAUGGGAACUACAAUGAAGACUAUGAUAGGACUGUAAGAUUUGUUGAACCUGCCCAAGAUGAGAAGUACAAGAAAUAUUUAAAGACUAUGCAUGACAAGUUAGACAAGAUUCCGCUUAGUCAGCAGAACAACAUUCACUUUCUUGCUGAGGACGACACAACAGUUCAAGCUGGAGAGAAUGAAAUGGCAGAGUUGUGUUAUGUACAGAACCAAGGUGGUUUCAAACCUUACAAGUUCAAGAACAACAAUCUGUCUUACAGAAGUAUUAAUGUGGCAAACCCACAAGACCAAGUUUAUCUUCCUCAACAGCCCCAACAACAGCACAAUUAUGUCCCCAAGCAGCAACACCAGGGUUUCCAGGCUCCAAUGUGUCCCCCACCAGGGUUUCAGACUAACCAGAGCCAGGAACCAGAUUUAAGAGCUAUGAUGCAGCAGUUGCUACUUGGACAAGCAAAUGGGCAGCUUGAGACAGCAAAGAAGUUAAAUGAGCUAAUCCAGAGGCUGGAUUCUUCUUACAAUGAUCUGAAUAUUAAGUUUGAGAGUUUGAAUUCUAAAGUCAAGUUCAUGGAGAGUAACAUUGCUUCUACAUCAGCUCCUAAGCCAAACUAA